ACUCUAUGAGUCGACAAUUUCGGCUCGGCCACUCCAGUGUAAAUGAUAUUAUUCACCAAACGUGUACGGUGAUUUAUGAAGAGAUGAAAAAUGACUUCCUGAAGAGGCCAUGCACCGAAGAUGAGUGGAAAGAUGUAAUCGGAGGUUUCAAUCAAAACUGGAAUUUUCCAAACUGCGUUGGAGCCAUGGACGGUAAACAUGUGCUAAUUACGAAGCCAGCGAAUUCUGGAACAGUGUACAGAAAUUACAAGAAGAGCUUCAGCAUUAUACUGUUUGCCGUCGUUCAUGCCAACUACAAGUUUUUGUACACGGAUGUUGGUGCACCCGGCUCACAAGGAGAUGCGGGCGUCUGGCAAACGACGCCGCUACAAGCACGUGUAUCAAACAUGACGGCUGGUCUUCCAGAACUUGUGAAGGUCGCAAGCUCGCCCGAUGUGCUCCUGCCACCCGUGUUGGUCGCAGAUGACGCCUUCCCUAUAGGAAGAAACUUGCUGAAGCCCUAUGGGGGCUCUUCCUUAACAGAAGAGAAGACAAUCUUUAAUUACAGGUUAUCCAGGGCUCGGCGUGUCGUUGAGAACGCCUUUGGAGUACUUGCAAAUCGAUUCAGAUUUCUGCACACUGUAAUCAAUGCUGAGCCCGAAAGGGUGAUAGCAAUGGUAAAUGCCGCAUGUGUAUUGCACAACUUUCUCGCCACCGUCUUGCACUCUAUUGACUCGAGUCCUGAGACGUCUACCGGAUCACUGUUCUCUGCACAGCCCAGUUCCCGUGGAAGAAUUAAUGCUGUUGGUUCUGCAGUGCGAGAGAGUUUAUGUGCAUUUUUAAAUGGCAGGGGUGCUGUGUCGUGGCAGCAGCAAUCAGCGCACUUGGAUGCAAACGCAUACAGAAGACAUUAAGAUUGUAUAGAGACAAUGCAAGCUGCACUUGUAUUAUG